AUGCCUGUGGCAUCUCGUUGGCACCGAGGCGGGACUCCAAAACAUAACCUGCAUAUCAGAAAUGAAAUACAACGAAGUAGAAGCAUACUUCUGGAGUUAUUACUCUACCUUAUUUUUUUAAUAAUCUUAUGUAUAUUGACUUUUGGGACGGUAAACCCACAUAUGUAUUACUUAAACAAACUUAUGUCAUCUGUAUUUUUGGACACUUCUGUGCCUGGUGAUGAAAGGACCAACUUUAAGUCUAUUUGCAGCAUCCCUGAUUUUUGGAAGUUUAUGGAAGGACCCCUUUUGGAAGGUCUAUACUGGGACUCAUGGUACAAUAAUAGCCAGUUGUAUAAUUCAAAGAACAGCAGCCGCAUCUACUCUGAGAACAUACUCUUAGGAGUCCCCAGAGUCCGUCAACUAAAAGUCCGAAACAACACAUGCAAGGUCUAUUCAUCCCUUCAGUUUGUGAUGAGGGAAUGUUAUGCCAAAUACACUUCUAAAAAUGAAGACAUGUCUGAUUUUGGGCUUCAAGUUGAGACUGAAUGGAAGUAUUCUACUCCUACCAUCAGUGCCCCUUGGCACUGGGGAUUUGUUGGUGUUUACAGAAAUGGGGGAUAUAUUUUCACUUUAUCAAAAUCAAAAUCUGAAACCAAAGACAAGUUCAUUAACCUUCAAAAGAAUGACUGGAUCACUAGAGGGACUCGAGUUGUUUUUAUUGACUUUACGUUAUACAAUGCUAACGUAAACCUGUUUUGCAUCAUCAGGUUGGUGGCAGAAUUCCCUGCAACUGGAGGAAUACUUACUUCAUGGCAGAUUUACUCAGUGAAAUUCCUCAGAUAUGUUAGCAACUAUGAUUAUUUUAUUGCUGCCUGUGAAAUCGCAUUUUUAAUUUUUUUUAUUAUCUUCAUAAUACAAGAAGGCAUAAAAAUGGUAAAAUUUAAGUUUGCCUAUUUCAAAAGUAUUGGGAACUGGCUAGAAUUACUACUUUUGGUGUUGUAUUUCUUUACAAUUUUCUUCAACUUAUACAGUAAAAUGCAAAUUUCCCUCAUACUUGACCAGCUGUUAAAACGUACUGAACAAUAUUCAGACUUCUAUUUGCUCACAUAUUGGCUCAUUUUUUACAACAAUAUACUUGCUAUUACCGUCUUUUUUGCAUGGAUAAAGAUACUCAAAUUCAUAAGCUUUAAUAACACAAUGUCUCAGCUGUCAUCAACCUUAUCCUGCUGUAUCAAAGACAUAGUAGGAUUUACCAUCAUGUUUUUUAUAAUACUCCUUGCUUAUGCAAACUUAGGAUUUCUUCUUUUUGGAUCACAGGUUGACGACUUCUCUACUUUACAAAAUUCCAUAUUUACACAGUUUCGAAUUAUUCUUGGGGAUUUUAAUUUUGCUGCUAUUCAGCAAGCCAGUCCUAUCUUGGGACCCAUUUACUUCAUCACCUUCAUCUUAUUCAUAUUCCUUGUCCUGCUGAACAUGUUCUUGGCAAUAAUUAUUUUUACCUAUUCGGAAGUGCAAGAUGAUUAUUCAAUAGGCAGAAGAUCAUCGUUUAAAUUUUGUAAACCAAUUAAGAAGAUUUGCAAUAAUAUUCUUGAAAAACUCAAGCUAAAGAAACCUCAAGAAGGUGAAGACGAUAAAAGUAAGAAAAACAAAGAUUUGGCUGAAGAAGCCAGAAAAAAAGGCUUCGACGAAAAUGAGAUUCAAAGUGCAGAGCAGAUGAAAAAAUGGAAAGAGAGGCUUGAGAAAAAGUAUUAUUCUACAGAAAUUCAAGAUGACUAUCAGCCUGUCACUCAACAAGAAUUUAAAGAUGGCACCACAACCAAAUUACAAAAUGAGACUCAGUGCCUGACAAAAAGAACUCAAGUACCAGCCAAGUACACAUGA